ACCAGAGCUCUCUAUCAAGCGCCAGCAUCAAGCACCACCCCCAAGUCUCCCCUCCUCUAGUAUUUUAGUUGGCCCGAUGCCUGUGUUCCAAAACCUUUCUUCGUCUUUUCCCCCGUCUACAAAGACUUGACACUCGCAGCCGCAGCCGCCGGCAGACUCCUUCCCCGCGAAGGCUUCUCCUCUCCUCUCCCCUCUCCCUUCCACUCGCACGCAUUCUCCUCGGUUCCGCGGCGACGAGAUGGCAAUAGAUCACGCGACGCCUCUCGGACUCAAGAGCAGAGGCGCCAUGGGAGGCGGUGAGUGCGACUACGACGACGCCGAGAACCAGCGGUGGCCGCCGUGGCUGAAGCCGCUGCUGUCCACGAGCUUCUUCGUCCAAUGCAGGAUCCACGCGGACGCGCACAAGAGCGAGUGCAACAUGUACUGCCUCGACUGCAUGAACGGCGCGCUCUGCUCCCUCUGCCUAGCGCACCAUCGCGACCACCACUCCAUCCAGAUACGGAGGUCCUCCUACCACGACGUGAUCCGGGUGUCGGAGAUACAGAAGGUGCUGGACAUCGCCGGCGUGCAGACGUACAUCAUCAACAGCGCGCGCGUGGUGUUCCUCAACGAGCGGCCGCAGCCACGCCCGGGCAAGGGCGUCACCAACACCUGCGAGGUCUGCGAGCGCAGCCUCCUCGACUGCUUCCGCUUCUGCUCCCUCGGCUGCAAGAUAGUGGGCACAGCCCGUGGCUACCGUCCCAAGAAGAAGCACGGCAUCGGCGGCGGCGGUCACAAGAAGAAGAGGGCGGCGCUUAAGGUCAAGGACGUGCGCUCUGACUCGGAGGAUUCGUGCACCAGCACCAGCGGCGCCAGCAGCGACAAGAGCAGCGUGGUGCAGAGCUUCUCGCCGUCGACCCCGCCGCCGACGUCUGCCAGCCACCGCCGCCCAGGGAACAAGCGCCGGAAGGGCGUCCCGCACCGGUCGCCCUUCGGCAGCCUCAUCGUCGAGUUCUGAGGACUCUCUGUGUCAGCGCCUAGGCAAUGCAACUCUGUACUCUGCGUAGUACUGCAUGACAUAGCCCAGAAGAGAAGGGAAUAACAGCCGGCGGCGCAAAUGCCAGCGAAGGGCCGAGAGCGGUAAGAACACACCAGUGGUGCUUCUAUAGUUUGCUUCUUUCUUACAGUUACAGUUGCUAGUCACUAGCAGUGCUACCAGUAAGAUAGCUGCUACUUACAGCCUCCGUAACCGCGACUAAGUUUUGCAGCCUUGUACAUUGUAAUACUCCUAUACUAUAGACCAGCACUCUCCAAAGUUAGAUGUAUAUAUACAUAUAUAUACUUUUGUAGUAUCAGAAUGUAUGGGUUAGCAGUAGGCAGCGAGGUGUUCGUCAGUUCGUGUGUGUGCAUCAUCAGCUGUGUAAUAAAAAUAAGAAAUGCUGCUCUAAAUCAUGCCGGAA